UGCUGUCCAUGCUGACCAAUGAGACGGGCUUUGAGAUCAGUUCAGCUGAUGCAACUGUCAAGAUUCUCAUCACCACUGUCCCGCCCAACCUGCGCAAGCUGGACCCUGAGCUGCACUUGGACAUCAAGGUACUGCAGAGUGCCCUCGCAGCCAUCCGUCACGCCCGCUGGUUUGAGGAGAACGCUUCUCAGUCAACGGUCAAAGUUCUGAUCCGCCUGCUGAAGGACCUGAGGCUGCGCUUCCCUGGUUUUGAACCCCUCACUCCCUGGAUCCUGGACUUGCUGGGCCACUCUGCAGUGAUGAAUAACCCAUCCAGGCAGCCCCUGUCCCUGAACGUGGCCUACAGGCGCUGCCUGCAGAUGCUGGCUGCUGGUCUCUUUCUACCUGGCUCUGUGGGCAUCACUGACCCCUGUGAGAGUGGAAACUUCAGAGUGCACACAGUCAUGACUCUGGAGCAGCAGGACACGGUGUGUUUCACAGCUCAGACACUGGUGAGGGUGCUCUCUCAUGGAGGUUACAGGAAGAUACUUGGCCUGGAGGGAGAUGCCAGCUACCUGGCAACAGAAAUGUCUACAUGGGACGGUGUGAUCGUCACCCCCUCAGAGAAGGCGUAUGAGAAACCUCCAGAGAGGAAGGAGGAGGAAGAUGAAGCUCUGGAGGAGGGAGGAGAUGGAGAGGACGAGAGCAUGGAGACCCAGGAGUGAUGAGUUCAGUGAAUGUUGGUAGUUAUUGAAGAAGUCCUUCCUGGACAGAAACACCAGCAGGAAUUGGACCACAUGAUAGCCACCGGAACCCUGAUGUGCUCAGAAGAAGGACUGGCCUCAGUUUUUAUCGUCAUGUUGUUACUUUCCCUGUGUUAACAGUAAAGCUUUUUUUUAAAUUUA